AUGCUUUUUAAUUUUGCUUAUUUGAGUGUGCUGUUGUUUCUAUCAACAGUAUUGUUGGUGACAGCCGGUCGGGAUUUCUAUCAGAUACUUGGUGUAACUCGUUCGGCAACUACAAACGAUAUCAAAAAAGCUUAUAGAAAAUUAGCUAAAGCCUUACAUCCAGAUAAAAAUCAAGAUGAUCCCGAUGCUUCACAAAAAUUUCAAGAUCUCGGAGCCGCUUACGAGGCCCUAUCAGACCCUGAGAAGAGGGAACUUUACGAUAGAUGCGGAGAGGAUUGCCUUAAAAAAGAUGGAAUGAUGAAUAAUAACGACCCCUUCGCGUCUUUCUUUGGGGAUUUUGGAUUUCACUUUGGUGGUGAGUCUCAACAUCAUGAAACACCAAGAGGGGCGGACGUUAUCAUGGAAUUAAGUGUUACCUUAGAAGAACUAUACAAUGGAAACUUCAUUGAGAUUACUCGUAAUAAACCUGUAAUAAAACCUGCCUCUGGAACUCGCAAAUGUAAUUGUAGACAGGAGAUGGUUACCAGGAAUUUAGGACCUGGUCGUUUCCAAAUGAUGCAACAAACUGUGUGUGAUGAAUGUCCUAAUAUUAAGUUAGUCAACGAAGAAAGAGUUUUAGAAAUUGAGGUAGAAGUAGGAGCUCCCGAUAAUCACAAAACCAGACUGAGAGGAGAAGGCGAACCCCACAUGGAUGGAGAGCCAGGAGACCUUGUUAUAGUUUUCCAUACAGAAAGACAUCAACAUUUUACUAGACGUGGUGAUGAUCUAUACACAAAUGUCACUAUAUCAUUACAGGAUGCUCUGACUGGUUUCACAUUGGAGUUAAAACACCUUGAUGGUCAUAAAGUGACAGUGUCAAGGGACAAAGUCACAUGGGCUGGAGCAAGAGUUCGGAAGAAGGGUGAAGGCAUGCCAAACUUUGAAAAUAAUAAUUUACAUGGAAACCUAUAUGUUACCUUUGACAUUGAAUUUCCAAAACAAGAUUUCACUGAUGAAGAGAAAGAAGCUUUGCGAAAAAUACUUAAACAGACACCAAAUAACAAAGUAUAUAAUGGACUCUAG